AUGAUCAGAUAUAUGAAAGAAGUCCCGAGUAGAAAUCAAACGGAAGUGACAGAAUUUAUCCUCUUAGGACUCUCAGAAAAUCCAGAUCUUCAAGGUGUCCUUUUUGUGUUGUUUCUGUUCAUUUAUGUGGCAACCAUGGUGGGUAAUUUGGGAAUGAUAGUAUUGAUUAAGAUGGACCCCAGUCUUCACACCCCCAUGUACUUCUUUCUCAGCAGCCUCUCUUUCGUUGAUGCCUCUUACUCUUCUUCUGUCACACCUAAGAUGCUGGUGAAUCUUAUGGUUGAGAAUAAGGCCAUUUCUUUUAAUGAAUGUGCUGCCCAGUUCUUCUUCUUUGGAUCCUUCCUGGGGACGGAAUGCUUCUUGUUGGCCAUGAUGGCCUAUGACCGCUAUGCAGCCAUUUGGAACCCACUGCUAUACCCAGUUCUCAUGUCUAGGAGAAAUUGCUUCUUUCUAGUAGCUACCUCAUUCCUAGCAGGCUUUGGAAAUGCAGCCAUACACACAGGGAUGACUUUCAGGUUGUCCUUUUGUGGCUCUAAUAGAAUCAACCAUUUCUACUGUGAUACCCCACCCCUGCUGAAACUCUCUUGUUCUGACACCCGAAUCAAUGGCAUUGUGAUCAUGGCUUUCUCCAGUUUCAAUGUCAUCAGCUGUGUUACAAUUGUCCUUAUUUCCUACCUGUGUAUCCUCAUUGCCAUCUUAAAGUUGCCUUCAUCAGAAGGCAGGCACAAAGCCUUUUCUACCUGUGCCUCCCAUCUCAUGGCUGUCACCAUAUUCUUCGGGACAAUACUCUUUAUGUACUUGCGACCUACAUCUAGCUACUCCAUGCAGCAGGACAAAGUUGUCUCUGUCUUUUAUACUGUAGUAAUCCCCAUGCUAAAUCCCCUCAUCUACAGUUUGAAAAAUAAAGAUGUGAAAGAGGCCCUGAAGAAAAUUUUACAGAAACAUGGACCAUAA